GGGAUCCCGCGCGCUUAUUGGACAGGCCGAGGGAACCCCGAGAUGUCACACACGAGCCGCUCGCGUGCAGGCUGUGAUACUAUAAAGGCGAGCCCCAGGCGCUGGCAUGAGGAGCGCUGCGGUCUGGUUCGGAGACGGUGCGUGCUGCCAUCAUUUGUUAGAGUAAGCUAGCUUCCCCCAGGGUUGCCAGGAGACGGCGGGACUCUCGGCCGUUUGCGUGUGGGUUGUUUUCCGCUGUCCUGCCGUCAUUAGCCGCUGACCUGAGGAUGCCAGCCGGUACCUUUGGAAGAGCAUCCCCCUCUGCCGUGGCUGCCAUCGCGGCCAGAGGCGACUCUGCGCCGGGGAAACCCCGCACGCUGUCAGACAGCAGAAAGUCCUCCAAACCAAUCAUGGAGAAGCGGCGACGCGCGCGCAUCAACGAGAGCCUGGGUCAGCUGAAGACCCUCAUCCUGGACGCGCUGAAGAAAGAUAGCUCCAGGCACUCCAAGCUGGAGAAGGCGGACAUCCUGGAGAUGACCGUGAAGCACCUGAGGAACCUGCAGCGGCUCCAGAUGACAGCUGCUUUACACACAGACCCGUCCAUCCUGGGGAAAUACAGAGCUGGAUUCAGCGAGUGCGUGGGAGAGGUUACCCGUUUCCUCUCCACGUGUGAAGGGGUCACCACAGAGGUGAGAACCCGCCUCCUGGGCCACCUCGCAGCCUGUGUGACCCAGAUCAAUUCUGCCAACCCGCACGGCUCUCACCUCGGCGACCUGGGACAGACCAGCCGUACGCUGACUGCGGCGCCUCCGGGCCCGCGGGUGCCCCUCAAAGGCGGCUCCGUUUCCCCUGAAGCAGUCAAGCUGUAUGGGGGCUUCCAGGUUGUGGCGUCACCAGACGGACAGUUUGCUUUUCUUAUUCCCAGCGCAUCGCUCACACCUCUGAGCGUACAAAACAGCCAUUAUGUGUCACCUGUCGCACCUGUCGCCACCCCAGACUCCGUGUGGAGACCAUGGUAGAAGCCAUGAAGGGAAAAAAAGGACAAUGAGACGACAAAUCAUAUUUUUUGUACAUUUUGUAAAUAUUUUAAGUAAAAUUUUGUUUAGAACAGAUUGUUUUAACAUUUGCGUUUGUAUACAUGCUUGGGAAUAAAUGUUUUUCGUUGCCUCUUUGCCUUAGUGGGCACAUUAAAUUCUGGUCAAGUUCUGGAAAAGCACUGCAUAUUCAUAAAUAAAUAAAAUGUGAUCUAUAAUUGUGUAAAAUGCAUUAUUUAAUACUGUGGGACUUCUGAAACUGAGCACCAGAUUGACUUUAUUUCAGACGUGAGGAACAAAGCCAUCUGACCACAUCACCCUCAUGGGUUCUUUCCCUACACUUGAUUGUCUAGUUUACAGAUUUCCGGCUGCAUUGAACGUGUAUUUAAAGAGCCAAAGGUCCUAAAACACUGCAAGCACAUCGAGGUGAGUGAGAAUGGGUCUAUGAAUGUGUGAAGGCCGCUCUGUGCUCCUGCCGGAUGUGAAAUCCUGUUAAAAUAGAUAAAAUAAAG